CCCAAUGGACCGCAAGUUUAGAAAUAGUGACCCAGGCAAAGCUAUAUACUCCUUCAAUGAAUGAGAUUAUUCCAAGAGUUUAGAUGAAGAUUGAAUUCUGAGCCAGUCAGGAUUAUCUAAAGCUGAAUCUCAUAACUAAUUUUGAAUCAAAAGCUCUUCUAGUUGGGAGUAACCGAAAUAUCGAUGCAUGAAAAUAAGCUACAAGAACUUUCUGCAAGAAAAUUCUCUCAGGAAUCUAAGCAAUUACUCCCAAAAUUUUGAGUCAAUGAUAAUAACCUCAAAAUGGUUGGUCAGAAAAAGGUGUCAGAGACGCAUCAAAAUCAUCACCCUCCUCCAAUGUUUCCACCGGAAGUGAGAAAUUCAAAAUCACCCAGAAUUAACAUGAAAGAGGAGAAUAAAUUACAAGAAGUGCCCUCUAAAAUUUCCUCUACAGCCCAAAAAUUGGCUGGGAAUUUCUUCUUUCGCCAGAGCAUUUCUGAGGGAGAAAAGAGCCAAAGCAGUGCAAAAAUGACACCACAGUUUGAGAAAAGGAAUGUUGUUGGAGUGAUGAAAAUUUACAAAAACCUUGAACCCAACCAUGUAAAGGUCUCUGAUGGGUUAUACAAACCAACCCAGCAUAUCUCUACUAACCUAACACGUAAAAGUACCUUCCCUCAGAAAGAAAAUAGUAAAGAUGACAUGGAAGAAGAGAAAAUAGAGUUCAAAAAUGUAGUUGUUAACAAUCUCAAGGAUUCUUCCAAUUACUUCAGGUUCAUUAAUAAUUGCCCUCAGUAUAUGGCUAAGCUGCAGAAAGACAAACACUGGGUGGAGAAGCAUAAAAACAAGAAAGUUAUGCAAAGAGUCCAAAAGAAAAUAGACAAUCGCAUAAAUAUCGACUUUGCAGAAGCCCUUCUGGAAAUGGAAGAGGGUAAAAGGUUUGUAUUCAUAGAAAUUGAAAACACUGUCUGUAAAGUUACAGAUGAGCCUAUCGAAGGAUGAGCCGAUCCGAUUGUUAUCACCCAAGUCAAAGGUACAAAAGGCCAUAAAAAUAAAACCAAGAAGAAGUUGUAUAUCUAUAUUAGAAGGUUUGGCCUGGAAUUUUUGGAAUUCUUGUGUAUAAACCAUGAAGUUAUCCUUUACACACAUCUUGAGAAAGAUAUUACAGAGAUAUUAGUUAACACCUUUCACAAUCUGAAAGAAGGAAUUGAUUUUGCAUUUGUGAUAUGAGGGAAACCCUUUAGCAAGACAAUUACGAAUAAUAUUGGACCAAUAAAGUCUCUCAACAAGAUCAUACCAACAAUGGACAGUUUAGACAAGGAUGAGGAAUCCUAUAGAGAGUUUAUCAGGAAUAAAUUCCUUAUUCUGGACUGAGAUGUUCUGAGUUAUUAUGAGCAUUUCGAGGAAAUCCAUGUCCCAAUUCUUCCUAUAGUAAUUCAGGAUGAUGUGUCUCUCUCGUGAUUAAAUAUGCCCAAAAUAUCAACUUCCCCAACUUGCAAUAAGAUCAAAAGGAAGCAUCUUCAGAGGAGACAAUCAAGUCUUAAAGAUUUACGAAAUGUUGGGCAAAGUCUUCGAUUAGAAGAGAGCAUAAAAAAUCAUUGACUUUUCUAUCUCAAGCAAUUACUUUCACAAAGUCUGGGUCUUGAGCAAGACAAAGCUGAGCUCCUCAGAAGUGUCAGCAUCAGCUGACUUGUCAACCAUUAGUAAUUUUAAUCAAAAUUGAUUUAUUAAUACGACUUUUAAAUACU